GUUUGUUGACGUUACAGUGGGCUGAAAUGACAGUCAAAACCAGUAUGAGGGCUCAACAGAGUGAAAGCUCCGACGAGGAAAGCUUAGUCCACGUGUUUGUUCAACAGAUGCUUGUCACAAGGAUAUUUGCUGCGACUUACACUGGCAGGAACUACGUACACCCACUGAAAGAUUACAGGGACAUGGUCCAAGUUAAUGAGGAAGAGAAAGAUCUUAUUAGAGAUUUAGAAAUAGUAAAGAAGAGGAUCAACAGUGUGUACAAAGGAGCGAUGUGGGCAGCGAUCACAGGGCCUGACGAUUCAGACUCAGACGCGACAGCUGGAGUCUGUGUUUGGACGAGACUACAGGAAGUUGCGUUCGGCAGCUACUGGUUCAUGAUCCAACAAGUUAGCUUCUCUGCCCUCGGAGAACUUGUGUUGAAUCUCAAAGUUGUCAGAAAGUACGAACCAGAAACCAUCAGGACACCAAAUAUUUUAGAUAGCUCCAUGGACUGGGAAGAAAUCAAGACGAAUCUCCUGAUAAAUUUAAAAGUUUGGGGAGCAUUUUUACUACAAGGCAUUCAAGAACUGGUGACUAUGCACAAUAUUAAAGAAACUUUCAGGUUUUUGUUUCUUUUAGCAAUGACUCUAGGAACCGGUCUGAUGAACGGGUUACAAUUCCUGGGUGAUUAUUCUAUCAAAUUCUUCAGAGAGUUCAACAACUUUAUUAGAGUAAUGACACCCAUCUUCCUCGCACUGAUUGAUAUGUUGUCCAAGACGAUAGGAGGGUUUUACUUGUUGAUCGUAAUGUUGUGGAGGGGGGGCCAGCAAGGUCCGCCGCCUCAGUUCCCAGCUCUGAUGGCAGCCUCGCAACGGAACUUUCAAACUGGUUACCAAAAGCGACCUCCUCCUCCUCCUGGUUACCGGAGGUACCAUGAUUAUUAAUUUGUUCCACUAUUUUUUAUCAUAGACACUUAUUAGGUUUCUUACCUUAAAUGUAAAAUAGACAUUAAACCUUUGAGCCUCAGUGAUCUAAAUAUAUAAAAGGCAAAGCCCUCACUGACUGACUGACUGACUCACUCACUCACUCAUCACUAAUUCUCCCACUUCCCAUUUACCUAGGAGGCUGAAAUUCGGUACACCGAUUCUUUGGGCAUUAAAUAGGAAAACUAAGUCGUUUUUAUUCUGAUCGGGCUUUCGGGCUCCGCCCCAGUGGCUCUAGAGUUUCCCAUGUUAACCUUAUGAUUUUUCAUAUUUAAAAGGAAUUUCUUAACAGCUGUUUCAAUUAAACAAGUUGGUUCUGUUCUAUGAUGUGUAAUAGCAUUAAAGUUACAAGGAUUACCAACAGGGUGCAGCACUAUUAUUUUUUUUUUAUUUAUGACUACAGCCAAUUUGCAACCAAAAGGUGAGUGAGCAUAGCGAACGAACUUCAACCUGGAAGUGAGUUAGCGUAGCGAACGAGCUAACCUGAAGGCAAGUGAGCGGAGUGAACGAGCUCCAACCUAAAGGUGAGUGAGCGUAGCGAACGAACUUCAACCAGGACGUGAUUGAGCCAUGCGAACGAGCUCACUCGUGAAGUUAAACGGGGGAAAGCCCGCGGGUACAGCUAGUUAUAUAUAGUUUGAUAUGCCUAUUUUUGUAACGCCUGCCCCUUUAAUUAAGAGCAAAAUAUUCUAAAUUCUAGUAGAACGAGUUUUAAGUGGCCACAUAAAGUUAAGAAAAAAACAGUUAGUUGUGAUGUGCUUUUAAAGAAUCCUCCCGUCAAGACACUCCACUCAACUUCCACCUAACCCAUCCACCAUUUUAGGUGGGCCUCCUAGGCUUGUGAAGUGAAACAGAUUUUACCCAUUUUAGAUAAGUUAUUAUGUUUGCCUAGAUAUUUGGAAGCAAAAGUUAGUUUAUGUUACCCACAAUAGCUUAUAUCAUUUUGGGGCUCAAAAGUUUAAUAAAGCAUGUAAAACACCAUUAAAUAAUUGUUAUUGUUGUUUUUUUUUAUCAAUGAGAUAAUUUAUUUAUAUUUUGAGAAUAUUGAAUCUAUCUUUUAAUUUUGUUGACUGUACACGUUUGUAAGGUAGCCAACUGCAACCUACCUUAAGAAAACUAUAUAGGCUAGUCUUUGUUGAUUUUCUUCAAAACAACUAUGAAAUAUAACGUAAACAUUCGCUACUUAAUGUCAGUAUUUUAUGCAUUUUUUCAGUUUUAAAAACUGAUCUACUUACUCUAUGUCAAUACUUGACGUGUGUCAAAAAUAAAUAUCGAAGGUUUUAUAUUUUUAAAUAAAUAAGGUGCUUGUA